GUUCUCCGCAGUGAACCAAAUGAUCUAGCCAAUCAUUCUCCUAACAGUCUACCGAUUAUCCAAGUUUGGUAUUCUGUAAGUUCCUAGGUCAUAUCGCAAUUACUCCCUUGAGAGUAAUAUCUGUUCGAUAUGCAAGUGGUCUAGUCACUACCUGUAAGGCAAGCUCCACAGACACCUUACUACUUUCUAAGCUUUCUCUCUUGUCUCGCCAAUCUAGUAUUGCCAUAUAAGAGAACUGUCUUGCUGGGUGGAAUCUCUUUGAAGGAUAUCUUUCCCCGCAAAUGCCUGGCCUGCUCCUUUGCGGUACCCUUUUCCGUUCCUCUUCUUACCAUCUUUCUUGAGUUGGGAAAGCGGCUUUUAGCUCAUUCCCUUUGAAUAAGCUAAUAACAGAAUUUCAUAGAUAACGGAGACUCUUUCUUUUCUGAGGAACGAAUCUCCGUAGCUCAAUAGCAAGCAAGCUCUCGGCACUUACUUACUUAUGAGGAAAAGGAUGGAGACCGCCCUUCUUUCUUCACUAUCUGGCUAUCGAGAAGAUAAAAUUGAAAUGCAGGGGAGUCAGUCAAUAGGCAGAAAAGUAACCCAAGGGAAGAUCAUGUCACUGAAGACCAAGCCACGAGCUAGCUCAGUUAGAACGAAAUUAGGACUACUCUCACGACUAUGGACAGUUCUCCUUCCCCCCCACCACCUACCUUCCCUGAACGAGCUCUUUCUAUCCGUUCCUUUCCCUUACUUCCCUAAAAGCUGGAUCUAUCUCUUCCUCCGAGUCGUGCCUCACCAAAACUAGAGAUUUUCUUACAGUCGUGACAUCGCUCCGCCAGACCCAGUUUGGACCAGGGGGGGUAGUGACACUUGUCGUUCAAGAUAAAGGGGAACGAUCCGCUUUCCGAACCACCACCGUUGACAAGUCUCCUUAACGAAACAGAAAAGGUCACCAAGGGGCCUUCGCUCGAGGUCUGGAACGGAGGUGCGCUCCUAUACGCCCUCUGUGCAGUGACCAGAGGGGAAGACUAGAGCAGACGAAAGCAUCCGAUCGACCACUCAUCCAGCCGGAAAAAGAGACCGACUAGCGAUAUAGUGGCGGGGGACCCUCUAUUACGAUUUUGCAUUACAUCCCACCGGGAAAGCCACCAGCUAUAUCGCAGAAGAAGGGAAAGCAACUACUUAGGACAUACCCCUUCCAGGAACAUCCAGUACUUAUGAUACUGAACAGAGCAGAACUACUUCUCUAUGUGCCCGGCGACAGCAAAGCUUGUUGGACUAUUGAAUGACUUGGUUGACCCAAGAAAGAAAGCAUAGCAGGAAGGUAGCUCUCGAGCAAGCCCUGUGGAAAUCAAUCAUCACUUUGUGGAUUACCUCAAAAGAUUAGCAGAUCAAGAUCGCAUUUCAGGGACUACAAACAACAUCGAUAGAUUGGCAGGAUGAAAACUAGAAAGCAACAGUGUAGAAGGUUCCUCGCAACUCUCAAUAUGUUAAAAAAUGACUAUACCUUUGCCUAGCAAAACACGACUUUCGGAAUCUUUCGUGUCCCAAAAUUGGAUGUUGGAAAGCCCACCCUCAAAUGCUAUUCUGUCUAUAGAAUAUUGAACCUGUUGAUGAACCCAACCAGGAGACCUCCAUUCUGGUUUAGCUCCUGCCUUGGUACGGGUAUAGGUAGCUCGCAGACGAGUCCAGCUCAGAGAUUUCAUUUUUGAGGUCUCAUCAGGGACCUUAUGAAAUUCUGAAUCGCGUUGUUGGCUCUGAUAGAGCCCUUCUCGAGUGAGUUUCGCUUGUCCCCGAAUCCCUCCUAAAGAUAGAGCUUGAUGGGGAGAACCAUGCUUACCACAUUCAUCUGAGGUCGGUAGCGAGCUCUGCGCAAGUGAGAUACCUCUGCAUUUGCAUGAUGGUGAGGCUGAUCCGUGGGGAGUGCGAAACGGUGGCGUUGGGAAGUUUUCCCGCGCUUUCCUGGUCCUUUCGAACCAGAUAUUUGAAAACCUGGAAAAAGACUUUGGCUACGAUUCGAUCUCGAAAGCCCAGACUUCAUAAAAGGCGACUGACUCUUCCACUGCUACAUGAACCAUCCGCUCCUUUUCCGAUUCAGCUCCUACCUCGCUCCUUUCAUUCUUUCUUAUCGAUUCGCUUGCUUCGCACCACCCACCUUCUCCUCUAGAAAUUGCAUAAGAAAGGGACGUUAGCGAGAAAAGAUUAAUGAGCUAAUUCCUACCUCCAAGAUCUGAGGUACCGUUAGUGAUCCACGAGAAUUCCCCUGUCUUGAAGACCCUUUCCUUGCUUUCAAAGCAAAUCCUGGGGCACCUGGCUUUUACAGCCCUUUCUCAGUGGAUUUUCUUUCCUGGCUUUUGAAACCUGAUCUGAAGGAUCCUGGGACUGAGUAGAGGAGCGUCUUCGGUGCAGAUUGAAGAGCGAAGCUUCUUCUUUUUUCAGUGGAUUAGUGAGAAAUGGCGAAAAGUGUAAGUCAAAAUGCCUGAUUGGCUAAACUUUUUUCUAGGGCUUCCAAGGGAUGAAUCUUGUUCAAUCUGUGGAUUGGUUAUAAAUUGCUAAAAGUGUAGGUCAAAAAGCCUGAUUGGCGGAGUUGAAGAGUGAGAUAGCCGUGUCAGUUUGAAUGUUUACCGAAGGGCUAGGCUAAAGCUCAUAGUGGCUGCUACGCUCCUUGCCUUUCAGUUCAAACCGGAAUAAAAGCAGGCACUUGCCAAAGCCCUCACCAAUCGCUAACUCUUGUGAUCAACGCACAAAGAAAUCGAUAGCUAUGUACCUUUUGGCCUUUUUUUCAUCCCCAUCCCUAAAGCCCUUUCUCACUGGUUGUCCAAGGGCCUACUUGACUGUUGAAUGAAAUAGGAAGAGAGCACUCUGAAUGGAGGAUGAUAUCCUGAAGGUGAUGCCUAUGCGAAUAGAGAGCACAAUGGGGCGUGUCGCUAAAGCUGAUGUAUGAGACCCUCCCUUCUGUCUAAAUACUAAAUAGCAUCCUUCAAUCCUAGCUUCAUGAGGGCAGCCUCACUUUUUCUGGGAUCUCGCUUAGAAUAGAACCCUAUCGCGAAUAGGAGAGGGAGCCGACCGACCAGAUAAAGCCCUUUCAACGCUACGCCCCUUGCUUCUCCUUCCGCCUUGGAGCACCGCUUGAUUGAUGAGAAUGCCACCACCUUGCAACUAAGAGAUGGUUAAAGCCAUUCUGUGAAGAGAGAGGGCAACUCUACCACGGAGUCUCUCGCCCAAGAGUGGCAUUAAUAGCCCCAUAGAGAAAGGAAGUUGCUGAAGUCCCUACAAUCUUUCUUAGGGGACCCGAUUACCUACUUCUGCCGGCGGGGGGAGAGUCCUUAGAGUAGUUCCAACGCCUGUGGUAAUAGGGUUAGGCCUGUAGACUCUUCCUACUGCCAAGUCAAAGCUGACGACCGCUUAUGCCGGCAAGAGCUGGGGAUUGACUAUGAGCUGUAGUCUUUUGAUGACUUCUUUCUACGGGACUUCCUUUUUCUCCUUGUAAGGGAGAAAGUGCCAGAGAGUCAUUUUGGGAGCAUAAGGUGAGGACGCUAGUUUAGGCUCAACUUGACUUCCCUAAAGUUCCUAUCCCUUACUAAAAAGCAACCUAGAACCGAUCUCUGCUAAUAGAAAACGAUGAGUGUUCGCCCUUGGUCUACGCGGAUCAGGGGCCCAGCUAACGCGUGAAGAUUGAGAUACGCAAGACACGAAAGAAUUCUCCUGCCGAAGGGAAGGCGCUUCUGUCCUUCUGUCAUUGCACGCGUGAAAACCUUCUCGCUUCGCACCUCUGCCCGGCCCGUUGGUUGAGCGCAAUUACGUAGAGAAAGAGAAGAUGCUUGAGCUUGAGAUAGUAGACGGUCUAAAACUAUAGCUGUCCGGAAAAUCGAUAGAAUGUCCAGAUUUCCCAAAAAUCAUUUCCUGGAAAAGUAGUAUCCCGAGGCUAAAAGUAAGUAAGCAACCAGUUCCGUUCAAACACUGACUUUGGUAGAGGGAUUAAGCUGAGUUUGGGGGGUACCUUCGGCAGGACAUUCAGUCCUGACCCAUUGUCAAUAAGGACUUUGGCGACGGUGUGAGUUUUGAAUUUGAUCAUGGCAUCAAUCUUGCCAUGAUCUUUCAUCUCAUGACUGAAGUUGACCAUGAAGCCAGUGAAGCAAAGGCUUAUAUCCUGGUUUCAGAGGGAGCUUGUGCACAUGAAUCAGAAGGGAUUUCUUCAUUUCAGAGUGGCAUUAGUGCCAUUAGAUUACAAAAGCCACCAACCAACAAGCCGAUUGCGCAAACGCCUUAAAAACUCUAGUAGCGACUAGCUGAUAGAGAUGCUGCCUCAGAAACGGAAAAAGCAUUUGUUGCAGCUGGCGCGGCGCAUAAUCUAUUUGUCUAUUCGUCAGAAGGCAAUCCGUAAUUAGCUUAGAUUGGUGCGUUCGCCAAAAAUCCGAGUGAUCGGGAUCUAAUUCCAUCAUACGUUCGAUCAUUUGCCUUUUCAAUUGAGCGGUCUCCCGUGCCUGCUGGAAAGGCAGAUCGGGAUUCGUUCCGGGGGGAUUUGUCCCUUAAGCGCCUAAAAAGAUGUUCUUCCAUGUGACGACGUAGCUCCACUUCUUCUGAGUCAGGCUCAAUCUCUUCCGCUGGGGGCACAUUUAGAUCGAGAGGCGGCCGCUGAGAUGAGCGAGGAAGGGAAUGGGAAGUGGAAAGAUCUGCCCAGUAGCAUGGAUUGACAACCCUCCAUAACAUCUUUCAAAUUUUCGUAAUAUAAAAAAAGAAAUGAAAGAAUUUCGUAUGUAAUGAUAUGGUAUGGGGAACGUAAAGCUGAUGCCUCCCCGAGUUAUCACUCUUUUUCUUCCUGUUAUCUAGCUUAAGGAUGGAUGCCAUGCUUACUUUUCGAGUUCGGGGGCGGGAAGAUCUACUCAUUCAAAGGGAAAGCGCACCCCUCUAUUUAUUUUCUUCUCAAAAGAAGAAGAGCUAGUGGAAUGGGCCCUUACCUCAUGCCAGCGGGGGAAAGAAAAGAGGCCCACUACGAGAGGAGAGAGUGAUUCAGCUGCUAACAAGCGCAGGUUUUUCAUUAAAUGAAUGGUUAUUCGGGAAACGUCUGUUGAUGAGGAGGUUAUACAUAGUAAAAAAAAAAAGAAAACCAGGGGGCGGAUUCAACCUGGGCUCCGUUCGAAGAGACGAAUAAUGGUCCUUCUCCCUCACAUGCUCCUUCCCAUGAGCAACUCGGUUGGCUUCGUGAACAAGAGCGCUGAUCACCGGAAGAUGAACAUUGAAAGGACUGAAAGCGUAGCGACGGGAUGUAGAUGUUGAUUUUGGAGGUCGCGUACUUCUUUAGUUAUAAUGCCAUCGACACGGUUGAAGCUUCCACUUUUCUUUGGUCCCAACAUGACCGACCAAGCGUAACGACCGCAGAAGGUACGGCCGGAGAAUUCAUCUCCAAGUCAACAGCAUGUCGGGCAGGUCCUGAGGAGGAUAUAGCCGAGUGAGUCUCAGACUUGUUCUCCCUUUGGAACUUUCUGGCUAAUGACCUGUCGAGGACUCUUCAGUCAAGCGCAUCCGAGCAACGAAGGUCGAGCUCCAAAAUUCAAACGAGAAUGAGGGUGUGAGAUCAAAGUGAGACAUGGAUCGUGUGUUCUAAUAGGUGACCAGGCCAAGGGACGCUGUCGGAAUCGCCCGGUUAAGUUGGACAGCAGUGACUCACUUUCUCUCCCGAAAGGGGACCGCUCCUACCUCUGGGAAACGAUCGGCACGCAGACUAGCUAUAUUAGCAGUUCGGGCAGGUCAAAGGUGAUCCUCCAAUCCGGGGAGAAUCGAGAGGGACCUAAGCGGAGCCGAUGAGUGAUACGAACAAAGGGGUUCCAUAAGUAAUUGGAGGGACCAUCGAUUCUUCGGACGUCAGCUGAGAGGCCUAGGAGAUUAGACAGUAGGGAACCGAAGCCAAGAGCUAAACAUAUGCAUGGGUGUACCCUCCAACUCCUGCGUUGGCGUGAGGGGAUUUGGGAAUCAUAGAGGGCGUAUUACCAACGGAACCCCAAACGUGAGGUGGUCAGUCCUACUCUCUCGAGUGCCUUUGCAGUUAGUAGCGGAAAGAGAGAAUUCCCUCUACAAUGACGGUACGAAAUCGAUCGGAGACUAGGAAACGAAUCAGUUCGUUUGACCGGUCCUUUCGAUUGCUAAACAUCAUUGGAUAAAAGGGCAGCGAAGGCUACGCUACGGUCGGAGAUUCAUCCCAGGUCCCCUUAAGAGCAGGCGCGUAGGGUAAAAAAAGAAAAAAUAAGAAGCUGCGUGUGAAUCCCAUCUAAAGCUCUUUCCUACUUACUUAAUUAUAAUAGAAGCGUUGGCCUAUUGGGAGCUUUCGGAAAUCACUUUGCAGAUCAAGACCAUAGGAACAGGGAAGAAGACGGGAGAAGACCUUAUUUAGAUGGAUUGGUAGCGCAGGUGGCCCUCUAGAAUGGAGUUCGGGCAGUGCUCUCACUUACGGGAAAUGAGGGUAGGGGGGUCGCAGAAUUCGGGACCUAACGAUGUUCGCUUCGUCACAUGAACGGGAGCGGACGAUUCCCUCGUCUCUCCCUUUUCGGGGAAUGGCUGCAAUCACAAGCAAGUGAUUGAAUGAGUGGGGGCUCCGAAAGCACAUGCGGGAUAAGCAGGUGUUUCAGGAGACGGUCUAAAAAUGGGUCCGGUCCAGAAAGAAAAGAAAAGAGAACUCUCAACAAGCUGGAACUAAUCAAGAUCAAUAGGAAGAGGAGGAAGAGGAUCAAAUCAAAAAGCUUAUGACGAGCAUCUAUUUGAAUCGAUCAUUUCCAAGAGCUAAUUCCAGUUUUUCCUUAUUCCGAGGUAACGCCUUACAAUCUUCAGUCUUACGCUUAAGGGGUAAAAUGUUCUUGUUGGAUGCAGGACUUGGGACCCCCAUCAUUUGUAUGCAAGAUGAGCUUACAGGAGUGCCAAAAAACCGAGCCACCAGGUUUGAGAAUAAAGUGGGUUCCCUGGGUAAAUCAAUGAUCAAAGAGCGAGCAGCCGCCAGGUUGAAGAAAAAGGAUGUCGCCUGGUAUUUUAAGAAUAAAGUGACCGCCUGCUUUUUUAAGAAUAAAGUGGCCGGUGAAUCAAUGAUCAAAGAGCAUAUUUUGGAGAGAUUCUUCAUCGAUCUAGUGGCCGGUGAAUCAAUGAUCAAAGAGCGAGCAGCCGCCAGGUUUAAUGAUUUGGUGGGAUCCACAGAUGUAGUGGCUGGUGAACCGCUUCUUCUUCCACGAAGAUUCAUACAAAUCCGAGCUUGGAUGGAACUGAUAAAGAUUUGGCGAACGAAAAAAAAGGUCAAAGGCUUUUAUAUUAAGAAAAUCAAGGGAGGUUAUUCAGUAGCCAUCGCAGGUUUCAUUACUUUUCUUCCAUUCCGUCCUCUCAAAAGGAAAGGAACAUGGAAAAAGGAAUCGCGAAGGCGAUGGCGAAAGAUAAUGGAAAGGCGAAGGCAAAUGGAAAUGCAAAGGCGAGCGCUAUUGAAUGGUCGAUUCAACAUCGAGCGCUAUGAUCCCAAAUGGAUGAAUAUUGUGGUGUCGCUACCAGCGGAAGAUCAAAGAAGAACUUGAUGAGCGAAAUUUGCUGACGAAAAAGAGCACUUUUUCAAUUCCGAAGCCUAGCCUCUCCUGUAACACUCUAUCACCUUAAUCCAUUCUUUAGCCUUUCCUGUAACACUCUAUCACCUUAAUCCAUUCUUUUGUUGAAAGAAA